AUGGGUUGGUUUGGAAAAAUGGAAAAAUGUUGCUGCUUUCCUUUAGCAGGAGGAUGUCUUGGAGGAGCCAUGUUUCAUUUCAUGAUUUGCAUUAGCUCAAUUUUUUCAACUACAAAAGAUUAUAAAAAUAUGACAAUAGCUUCUAAUGCAAUAUUAGGAUGUUUAAUAGUUCUUGGAUUAGUACUUAAGAAUUUUAUUGUGUUAUAUAUUGUUGCAUUGUUUGUAGCUUUUCUUUUAGGUAUAUAUAUUGUCAUUUUUGUAUUCCUGAUUAUUGCCCUAUUUGCAGCAAAUAAUAUUCCAUUUGAACAUAAAUUAUUAACAGCACUUACUGUGUUAUCUAUAGUGCUUAUUACAGCUUCGUUUCUUAACAUUUAUAUCUCUACAUGUCGAGUUAUAAAAGCUGGAGGAACUGGAUGGGAAUAUAAAAGCUAUAUGGAAAUAGAAAAGGAAAAAGAUAGAGAAAACAAGGAGAAACAAAACCAAAAAAAAAAAGAAGAUGAAAUGUUAAAUAGUGAUUACAAUGCAUAG